UUAGUAGAAUUAAUGAUACUCCUAUAUGGCAGUGAAGUGAGAUACUCAAAAUCGCAUCAACACAGAAGUACGAAUUAAGCAACAGCAGAACACUUCAGUUAACGGUGCUCACGUUUUUCCACGCUGCAUUCUUCUUCGCUUUCUUCUUCAAUUCAACCAACGGCUAACUGUUCGACGAAAUGCCUGAACGAUGCUAGCUCUCACAGCUCACGCCCAAAUCCCAACCUCAAACAUCUGCGUCGCUUGCUUCAACUCUCGUCUCUCCCCCGCCCUCAUUUUCGUGUCCAACUCCAACAAAUUCCUGAACUUCAGUUUCCAGUUGAACGAAGAGAGGCGGGCGCUCAAAUCAGGGAUUAAUCUCGACAGGUCUUGGUGCUGCGGGUCCCACCAGGGUGACAGGGACGUGGAAUUGGAGGCGGAGAUAAUGAAUUUCAUGGCGAAGUCCGAGAAACCUUCUAUGUUCCCGACGAAGGAGGAGUUGGUGAGAGCUGGGAGAUUCGAUUUGGUGAGAGCUAUAAACAAGAGAGGCGGGUGGUAUUCUCUUGGUUGGGACGACAAAAAUGUGGAGGAAACAACCGAUUCUGAUAUUGCGGAGUUCCACAGGAGAAUUGAGAGUUGUAAACAGAGUACUUCCUCGAGUUUCUUUGAUGAUGGUAUCGUAAACCCUAGUUCGCAGCUCCCUGGUUCAUCCUUAUUGGAAACAUCACAGCAGCUUGCUGCUGAUGUAGACUCUGGGAUUGAUGGAAUAUUGAGUAGAUUGGAGAAGCAGAGGAACAGUGAUUACCCGGGUAUCAAGUUAGGGAAAGAUGGGUAUGAAGCUCAAACCAAAAGUGAAGAUGAGGGAAAUGACAGGCAUUCUGAUAACCCCUUAGGUUUCAGUGGGACCGAUCAUGAAGAAAACAUCAGACCAAGGCCUGCUUACCAUUCCAAGGGCACGGCUCCGGCUUCGGCUUCAUCUGCUGACAACAUUAGUCAUUAUACUGAACCAGAAACUUGGAGAAGUUGGCUGAAUAGACGAGCAGGGUUCCCACUUACUGAGUUUGAAGCUGCAGAGAUUUCAUUUGAAAAAAAUCCUGUUGAUACUAAUAAAGAGAGCUAUCAUGAUGGAAUAACUGUAACCACUAAGGAAUAUGCUGAAGACAUGGAUGAACACAAAGAGAUCAAUUAUAAUGACAUACAAACUCGUCUUCGGGAUCUAGAAUCUGAGCUCACAACAGCUCUUCGCUCCAUUAGAUCUGGACGGGAAGAUAGUAUUUCGAAAGAGGUAACUGGAGGUUCUACCGAUUUGCAGUCUCUUUCUGAUGCUGUGGAGUUCCAAGAGAAUGAAGUCAUGAGUGCGAAACAGCAACUAAGGUCACUAAGAGCAAAGCUGGCUGUAGUAGAGGGGAAAAUGACAUUAGCGAGAAUUGAAGCACAAAAGAUAAUAGAAGUGAAGAAGAGACGGAUAGGUGAUGCUCGUAGGUCUUUGCAACUUCUUCGAACAACCUCCAUAGUAUGGCCUAAUUCAGCCUCUGAGGUAUCCUUAGUAGGCUCUUUUGAUGGCUGGACAACUCAGAGAAGAAUGCGGAGAUCAAAGUCAGGCAUAUUCUCGAUAACCCUGAAGCUGUAUCCGGGCAGAUACGAGAUCAAAUUCAUAGUUGAUGGAAAAUGGAAACUCGAUCCUCUGCGCCCUAUCGUUAACAACAAUGGACAUGAGAAUAACCUUUUCAUUGUUACAUGAAUCUGUAGAGAAUUUUGUGGCAGGUCUAUGUAGAAAGAUGCACCAAAAAACUGGUUGUUAUACUGUUUGUAAGCUGUAGGAAAUUCAUUUCGAUUCUUUCUAGUGUUUUUUUUGGUGGGGAUGUAUAUUUAUUGUGUGGCGAUGCACACAUUUUUUAUAUUCUUUUAUAAGAUAAUCUUAGUAAUGUUGCAUCUUCA